AUGAGGAUUUUUAGACCGUGGAGACUGUGCUGCCCUGCCUUGCAACUGCCCUCACUUCCCGUGUUCUCACUCAAGUGGAGCUUGCCCUCCCUUGCCACUGACGAGACCAUGUGUAAAAGUGUGACCACAGGUGAAUGGAAGAAAAUCUUCUACGAGAAGAUGGAGGAGGCAAAGCCGGCUGACAGCUGGGACCUCAUCAUCGAUCCCAACCUCAAGCACAAUGUGCUAGCCCCAGGCUGGAAGCAGUACCUGGAAUUGCAUGCCUCAGGCAGGUUCCACUGCUCCUGGUGCUGGCACACCUGGCAGUCGCCCCAUGUGGUCAUCCUCUUCCACAUGUACCUGGACCGCGCCCAUCGGGCGGGCUCGGUGCGCAUGCGCGUCUUCAAGCAGCUGUGCUACGAGUGCGGCACGGCGCGGCUAGACAAGUCGAGCAUGCUGGAGGAGAACAUCGAGAGCCUGGUGGACAACCUCAUCACCAGCCUGCGCGAGCAGUGCUACGACGAGGACGGCGGCCAGUACCGCAUCCACGUGGCCAGCCGCCAAGACAACCGGCGGCACCGCAGAGAGUUCUGCGAGGCCUGCCAGGAGGGCAUCGUGCACUGGAAGCCUAGCGAGAAGCUGCUGGAGGAGGAGGCGACAACCUACACCUUCUCCAGGGCUCCCAGCCCCACCAAGCCGCAGGCCGAGGCGGGUUCUGGCUUCAAUUUCUGCUCCAUCCCCUGGUGCUUGUUUUGGGCCAUGGCUCUGCUGCUGAUCAUCUACCUGCAGUUCUCCUUCCACAGCUCCGUCUAA